AUGCGGAUCUAUGGCGAUGGCUUGGUUUACCUCUUAGUAUUUGACGAACUGGACUUCUCGGCAAUCCCUACAAUGAACGAGGACUCCAUCUUUUGCAAAGACUUCGAGCUUCGUGACCUCCAGCUCUGGAUAUACAAAUCUAAAACAAUCGCCGUCGCUGCCUCUUCCAACGUUCAUAAGCUCCCAAUCAUCCUCUACGUUCACGGAGGCGGCUUUUGCAAUGGCUCUCGUGUGUGGCCAAACUGCCACGACGGCUGCCUCCGCCUUACCUCUGGCUCUAGUGUGGCGGUCGUCGCUCCAGACUUCGGGCUGUUGCCGGAGCACCGAGUGCCAGUCAUCUUUGACAAUGUCAUCCGCACGGAUCAAGGGUUACGUGCUGAUUUCGCCCUUUUUCGGUGUGGUCGCACGGACCGGAUCGGAGAAGAACUCGGCCAAGCCGUGGUUGAAUUUGGAGUUCCUGGAUUGGUGUUGGAAGCUAGCAUUGCCGGAUGGCGCGACGAGAGACGACCCAUGGGACAAUCCGUUCGGGCCUUCGAGUCCAUGGCUCUCGACCGCAUCUUGGUGAUCGCGGGGGGGACCGAAAUGAUGAAAGAUAGGAUCGAUCACCACGUGAAGAGGCUCGCGAAGAUGGGGAAAGUUGUGGAAUACAGAGUGUUCGAGGGCCAACGUCACGACUUUUUCUUGAACAAUUCGUGCUCGAAAACGGGCGGAGAGGUGGCCCAAGCCAUCAUGCGUUUCAUAUACGCAACUAGUGCGUGA